AUGGGCAAGGUAAAUCAGAAAGUAUUGAUUGAUGUCAUGGAAGAAGCGUCAGAUGAAAGCCACAUCAGGUUGGAUCUCAGUUAUGGCGAACCAGAGCCACCCACGGAACAGUAUUGGUUCAGUGUCAAAGGCCAAGAAGUAGGUUGCCUGGACCACUUGUUGCUGAUGGGAGAAAAAAUGCUUAUACAAAGCAAGCAGGUUUUGGUGGUCAACCCGGUUGAAAUCCCCCAACUGAAAGCCGAGCUUGACGACAUCAUGGAAUCUAUCCACAAGAUGGCAGCACCGGACCAGCGUUCCCGAAGCCCAGAUAUUUUCGACAGGUUACCGGUUGAGUUGCGAAAUUGGGUAUUUGAAUUUCUUCCAGCUGGUUCAAUUGUUGCCUUGAAGGCUGCUUCACUGGCAAUGCACUCGACCACCUUGUCUGGAGAGUGUUGGAAGCGCAGGCUACGAACUGAAUUGCCAUGGCUCUGGGAGAUCCACGAUAUAGAUAUCUUCCAAUCACAAGAGGUAGAGGAAAGGGCUUCUAAGCUACUUCUUAACAUUGAGAAGAAGAGUCUGUACACAUCCGAGAGUGACGAUUACAUCUUCGGGCUUGCCAACCGGAGGCGUAUUUGGGGCGUUUGCGAGCAGCUUCGGAGCCGGUACUUGCAAAAGCUUGAGGGUAUUGCCAAUACAUAG